AUGAGAGUGGCAUCACAGGGAAACAUGCCAGUAGUCUUGCUGAAGGAUGGCGCCUCUGAGACAAAAGGCAGGGACGCGCAAAAGAACAACAUCCAGGCAGCCAAAAUUGUUGCCGAGAUAGUUCACUCAAGCCUAGGUCCUAGAGGAAUGGACAAGAUGCUCGUCGACUCGCUGGGCGAUGUUACCAUUACCAACGACGGAGCCACCAUCCUGAAGGAGAUAGAUGUACAGCAUCCGGCCGCAAAGAUGCUGGUUGAAAUUUCAAAGACCACAGACAACGAGGUAGGCGACGGCACCACAUCCGUGGUUGUUCUAGCGGGCGCCCUUCUUGAGAACGCCGAGAGCCUCAUAUCCCAAGACGUUCAUCCCACCAUAAUAGUAGACGGAUACCGCAAGGCCACAAAGAAGGCAAAGGAGUGUCUUUUGGAGAUCGCCGAGACGGUUACCGCUGACGACAAGGCAAUCCUAUCCAAGGUUGCAAGAACCUCGAUGCAGACAAAACUGGUAAGGAAGGACUCCGAUCUACUGUCUGACAUGGUGGUAAGUGCCGUUACCAGCGUCGCCCGCAAGGACGGCAAGAGGUUUGCCGUCGAUGUUGAUGAUAUCAAGGUGGAGAAGAAGGCAGGCGGUUCUGUCAAGGACUCUUCCAUCAUUCAGGGCAUAGUGCUCGACAAGGAAAUUGUAAACAACUCGAUGCCAGAAAGGAUCAACAACGCCAAGAUCGCCCUGAUCAACUCACCGCUUGAGAUCACAAAGACAGAGACAGACGCCAAAAUCAACAUCUCAAACCCCCAGCAGCUAAGAUCAUUCCUUAACGAGGAGCACAGAAUGUUGAAGGGCAUGGUUGACACGAUCCUUGAGACGGAGGCAAACGUGGUUCUCUGUCAGAAAGGAAUAGACGACAUGGCACAGCACUAUCUAGCCAAGGCCGGGGUCUUGGCAGUGAGAAGAAUCAAGGAGAGCGACCUAGCAAAGCUCGCAAGAGCCACAGGCGCCAAGAUAACUACAAACCUUAACGAUCUGCGACCCAAAGAUCUGGGUACCGCAGAGUUGGUGGAGCAGAGAAAGAUAGAGGAAGACAAGUGGGUCUUUGUCGAAGGCUGCAAGCAGCCCAAGGCCGUAACACUGCUUCUCCGCGGCGGCUCCCAGAGGGUGGUCGACGAGGUUGAGAGGUCUGUUCACGACGCAAUAAUGGUAGUAAGAGAUGUGAUGGAGGAACCCACCGUGGUCGCAGGAGGCGGAGCCCCAGAGACGUAUGUCUCAACUAAAAUAAGAACUUGGGCAAAGUCAUUGGUUGGCAGGGAACAACUGGCGGCAGAAAAGUUUGCCGAUGCCCUAGAGGUGAUUCCACUGACGCUGGCAGAGAACGCGGGCAUGGAUCCCAUCGAUACGCUGACCGCACUGCGCUCAAAGCAGAACAAGGGCGAGAAGUGGACCGGCAUUGAUGUCAUGGCGGCCCAGAUUGCCGACAUGAAGGCAAGCGAUAUAGUUGAGCCGCUAUCGGUAAAGAAUCAGGUGGUGUCUGCCGCGUCUGAGGCCGCCUGCAUGAUCCUGAGAAUCGAUGAUGUUGUCGCCGCAGCCAAGUCUGCUGGUCCCCCGCCGGGGGCCGAGGGUGGCAUGCCUGGAAUGGGCGGCAUGGGUGGCAUGCCUGGAAUGGGCGGAAUGCCGGAUAUGGGCGGCAUGAUGUAA